CCCCUGAGUCUGAUUGUGACUACAACCAGCUGUACACUACAUUGUAGUACAGCAAGGUUUUUGGGCGAUGGCCAAGCUGUCGGACCUGCCAGACGAACUAGUCCACAUCAUCAUCGAACUCAGCAUCUCAGUCUAUCCCCCAAUCACCGACAUCCAUGGCAAACGGGACCACCAUUCACUUGACCAUAAUCAAAUCAGAGGCAUCGAACCAGCACUAAGACCGCAUCUAUUAGCUGAAGUAUCAUACCCAGAGAUGAGCGUUCCCCGGAAUCCAUACCUAGCACUGUCAUUAGUCAACCGCGCCUUUCGACGAUGUGCCCAGCAGAUUCUCUUCGAGAACAUCAGCUUGAAAGACCAAUGGGCGGCGGCCUUAUUCUUACAGGGACUGACUCAAAUAGUCCCUCUUGAUCAGCAAGAACUGGACGGUCAAAUAAAAAUCUACGCCAGAAACGACGGAGAUGCUCAGCGAAAUGCGAAAGCCGGGAUUGGGACAUCAUCAAAAAUCUACUCUUUGUGUCUGAGUGAACCGUCCCAACACGUUCGCUCGGUGCAAUUUAUGUGGAACGGUAUCAGUUCCAUGGGCAAGGGAGGCGGCAGACUGAUCAGUGACAUCAUCCGCUCCUGUCCGCUCCUCGAAAACAUCGCCAUCUCGCCGGAGUUCUACAUUCGCUGUAAAGAGCCAAUCCUGGAAGCCCUUGCAAGCUCAGCCCACGUCACCGAUUUUGUCGUUUCCAGUAACCACCCUUCAAAUCAAGCAAUGUUUGAGUGGCGAGCCGACGAAGUGGUCAGCCGACUAUUUUCGAAAUGGGAAUCCCUCGAGACGAUCGAAUUCACCAUCCAUAAAUCAAUAUGCACGCUCAAUUGCGCCUUACGGACGAUAAUCUUGACGAGACCUGAUUUGGAUGAGCGGGAGUUUUCGUGGAUCUUGAAGUGCUCCCUGGAGAGCUUACGGACGCUGCACAUCAUCUCUCCAACUAAAAAACUCGACCGGGCGGGCUUAUGUCGUAUGUUAGCAGAACACACUGCUCGGAAUCUAGAAUCCUUAGUCCUCAGUUGCCAAAAUCUUCAUUCCAGAGGCACCAAUAAUGUCAAUCAACCAACUGGAUACGAGGGAUUGUUAGACGACUUCUUCGAGUCUCCUUCUGCCCUAAGAAAGCUGAAGUGUCUGUCUAUCACUGGGCCUUUGGUCGGCCCAAACUUUUUCGCCGGCUUACCUCAAUCCCUCGAAAAACUUGCCUGUCAGUCGUGCCAGAUCUCGUAUCCGAUCUUUGUCAAGGCCCUCUCCGGUCACACAGACAACCAAGCCAAUUCUUGCUCGGAUGAACUACCACUGCAAUCACAUCCCGACUUGGCUGGUGAAUUCAUUCAACCUGUGGAAUGGUUACCCAAUCUGAAAUGUUGCUCGAUGCGGGAGGAUCUGCUCCAGACAGAGCACAGCGGGACAUGGGAAGACGGACAACUGAUCAAGCAAGUCUUGGAAGCCCGAGGCACCGCAUGUGAUGGGGAAUUCGGGAAAUAG